UGCGCCGAGCGCUCCAUGGAGUCGUGGGGUCUGGCGGCGGACGCCGAACCCGGGGCGUUGGGGGAGCACUUUCUCUACUUCGCCUACGGCAGCAACCUGCUCAAGGAGCGGCUGCGGCUGCGGAACCCCUCGGCCCAGUUCAUCUGCGUGGCCCUGCUGCAGGAUUUCAAAGUUGACUUUGGAAAUUAUCAGGGUGUAACAAGUACCUCUUGGCAUGGAGGUAUAGCUACUAUUGUUCAGAGCCCUGGAGAUGAAGUUUGGGGAGUCGUAUGGAAAAUGCACGUGAAAAAUAUAAGUUCUCUGGAUGAACAAGAAGGAGUUGGAAAUGGAACGUAUAUUCCAAUAGAAAUUGAGGUUCGCAGUCAAGAAGGGAAAGUAUUAACCUGCCGAAGUUACCAGAUGACAGAUUACGUCCCUGCGGCCCCCUCACCGCAGUAUAAAAAGGUCAUCUGCAGGGGUGCCAAACAGAAUGGCCUGCCCUCUGACUAUCAGAGGAAGUUAGAAGAAAUUGAAACGAAUCACUACAAAGGACCCGUGAAGGUAUUUGAGGAAAUUGAAGCCAUCAUCAAAGAACCAUUAUAGCAGAAGUCCACUCUGAUUUUAGACCAUAUAUCUAACCCGAUUUUUUGCCUCAAUUUAUUUUCAUUACUGUCUCUCCUUGCCACUUUUGCAUUUUUUAAAAUAUUUGAUAAUAUGAAUCCCAAAUUGUCCAUAGUAGCAUUCAGGUGAUAUCACUGCAUUAAUAUAUUCAUAACCAUUUUCUGAAAUGCUGCUACCCAUUGGUAGUUUCUUGUUUCUAGCUUUCUGCGGGGAUUGGGGUCAAGGCUAGGCCAUAACAGUUGUGAGACAGUGUAAGAAUUGUGCCUGGUGAAAUCCUUCUUUGGACAGAGGCCCUGAUUUUAGGUGUGGACUGACGAGAACGAGGCUCACCUGCGACCUUUCCCCAAAGUACACCUGGGGGGGGGGGGCUGCUGCCCUUUGUUUAGCUAGGGUGGGGAAACUGGAGAUUGCUUGAGCUAGAUGGUGAUUUGGUAAUAAAAUGAAUGUGAAUGCUUUGUUAUUGUUAGAGGAAUAACUGUACCUCGUGGUUCCGCGUGGAUUCUGCUCUUACACCAGAUUGGAAGAAGUAAAAGUUUUUAUCUGAACCAUCA